CAACGCGCAAUAUAAUUCAUUUGUGUUGUCGAAACCAUCGGAGAAUAUAAUUUCUCACGUGUUUAAAAAUUUUAGUUUAUCAAAAAAUACGCGUUAAACGAUUUAAUUUUAUAAUAAAUUCACUAAAACUGAGCAGAUUUUUGCGAUAUUCACUUAAGGCUUGUUUUUUCUACGCAGCAUCAAAAAGGCAACAUGGAGUACAUAGAGCCGUCGUCACUACCCACCAACACCAAUAUGAUCUUGUGUUGCGAAUGUGGUGUGCUGAUCGAACCGAAUCCCUCAAAUAUGUGCGUAACGUGCCUUCGCAAUCACGUCGACAUUACAGAGGGUAUACCCAAACAGAUGGUAUUACAUUUCUGCCGUAAUUGUGAGCGUUAUCUUCAACCGCCUGGUGAAUGGGUGUCAGCUGCUUUAGAGUCCCGAGAAUUAUUGGCUUUGUGCCUAAAGAAAUUGAAAGGUUUAAAAGAAGUGAAAUUGGUAGACGCCGGAUUUAUCUGGACCGAGCCACAUUCCAAGCGCUUAAAGGUAAAACUGACAGUGCAUGGUGAACUUUCUGGAGGCACUGUACUCGAACAGAUAUUUAUUGUGGAAUUCACAGUGCAAAAUCAAAUGUGCGAUGAUUGUCAUCGUACAGAAGCGAAAGAUUACUGGCAUUGUUUGGUGCAAGUACGUCAACGCGCCGAGAAUAAAAAGACAUUCUAUUAUUUGGAGCAGCUGAUAUUGAAACACAAGGCACACGAGAAUACGUUAGGCAUAAAACCAUUGCAUGGCGGUUUAGAUUUCUAUUAUGCCAACUUCAAUCACGCAAAGAAAAUGGUUGAUUUUUUGCAGUAUAUGGUGCCAGUUAAGGUGACCACGUCCAAGCGAUUGAUUUCGCACGACAUACAUAGCAACAAUUUUAAUUACAAAUAUACGUGGUCAGUGGAAAUAGCGCCACUCUCCAAGGACAGCGCCGUUUGUUUGUCGAAGAAGUUGCGACAACAGCUGGGUAGUAUUUCGCCUAUUUGCUUGGUGUAUAAGGUUGCAACGGGCAUUCAUCUAAUCGAUCCUAUGACGGCGCAAAUAUCAGAGUUGCCAGGGCAGAUGUUCUUCCGCAAUCCCUUUGAGGCACUAUGCGAUCCGAAGCAGUUAGUUGAAUACGUUGUUAUGGAUAUUGAACCCAUAAUGGAGAAGGAUAGAAAACAUAUACCAGGGCAGGGGCACAUUUCGUUUCGACAUGGUUUGUGCGACAUAUGGGUAGUACGGUCCUCUGAGCUGGGCAUCAACGAAAAUACGAUUCAUACGCGUUCACAUCUUGGUCAUUUGCUGAAAGUAGGCGAUUAUGUGAUGGGCUACAAUUUGGGCGAAUCAAAUUACAACAACUCGGAAUUUGACAAAUUGUCAUCAGAUCAAAUACCUGACGUCUUGCUUGUACGUAAAUGUUACGCGGAUCGUCAGACGCGUGCCAACAGCCGCAAUUGGAAAUUGCGUCAUUUAGCCGAAGAAGCAACAGAUGAACGUAGCAAACACGAUUUCAAUGAAUUCCUUGAAGAUUUGGAAGAGGACGUGGCGUACCGUAAACAGAUUAACAUCUAUCGUGACUCUAAAAAAACAAUGCCGGUGGAUAGUAAUGACAAGAGCGCGGCAAACGAUAGUGUUCCACAUAUUACAUUAGCAGAAAUGUUGGAAGAUCUGGCUUUGGAAUGCGAAGAUGAAGAAAUGGGCGAGGAUAAUGUUGAAAAGGAAAAUGUCGCAGAGCCAUAAAUGUAUAUUAUAUGCUUAUUAAAUUUUUUUAACUGAGAAUCUAAUAAAAAGAAUUUAUAUUCUAUAAAUAAA